UGGAGCAGCUUCUCACGCGAUUUACACACACGCACACACAAAUCCCCCUCUCCACCGAGCGGAGCUGUAGCUGCCCUACGACCCUUUCUCCGGGGGACACUGCGAGCCUGUCCUCCCCGGAAAGCCUGGGAUUGGGAAGAGAGGAUGAAGCUGAUCUCCCCUCUGACUCUUCCUCUCCAGAGUUCAUGCAGACACUCGGGAGGACGAUUUAAUGACCCGCUCCGCCCCUGCUUCCCCCCGCCCAGGCAGCUCCGGGAGGCUCUCGGUCACACGAGUAGCCCUGCUGGACCGCAACUCCGAGGCCGGACAGGAGAGCAAGGCGGCCCUGGACGAGCAGUUUGAAGCGCAGAGGACGCUGUUCAUCCAGUGCGACGUGACGGAGCCGGAGCAGCUGAAAGGUGCUUUCAAAAAAGUAAUUGAACAUUUUGGAAGGCUGGACAUUGUGGUUAACAACGCUGGAGUGAACAAUGAGAAGGACUGGGAAAGCACUAUACAAGUUAACUUGACAUCUGUGAUCAGAGGAACCUACCUUGGCAUAGAAUACAUGAAAAAAGGAAAUGGAGGCGAUGGAGGAGUGAUCAUUAAUAUCUCAUCCUUGGCAGGACUCAUGCCUGCUGCGUUCCAGCCUGUGUACUGUGCUACAAAGCACGGUGUCAUUGGAUUCACACGGUCCAUAGCAUUAGCUGCUAACAUGGAAAACUAUGGUGUGAGACUGAACACAAUUUGUCCAGGAUUUGUCAACACACCAAUUCUUCAGUCAAUAGAUAAAGAAGAGAAUAUGGGACAAUACUAUUCAUACAAGGAUGAGAUAAAAAAUAUGAUGCAGUUCUAUGGCGUGAUGGACCCAUCAAUAAUUGCUGAGGGAUUGAUAACAAUAAUUGAAGAUGAUACUCUAAAUGGAGAAGUUAUGAAGAUCACAGCAUCCCAAGGAAUUCAUUUUCACCAGUAUGGCCAAACACCUUUUACAUCAUCAAAGAGAUAAAUAAUUGUUUUGGGCUAAUUACUUUUGGCUUUUCUUAAAUAGAUAAUUUUUUGAAAAGAGUAAUUUCAGGGGAAAAAAGAUUAGUGUUGUUUCUAGAUCAGUGACAAUGUUCAAACAUUUGCAUCCUAAUAACAAAGAGAUGAGAAAAUCUGUUGUGGGAAGAUGUUACCACACUAUUUGAUUCUGUAAGCAUUAUUAACAGUAUUUAUUUAGUAGAAUAAACAUACUGCUCAGAAGUGGUUUUUUUAUUAUUUUUUAGUAGUAGGGGCCACUUUUUUUUCAUUCUGGUUGUUCUGAUCUACAUACUCCAAGCAUAGUUUAGUUGAUCUGACUUACUUUGUUAUUAUUUUCACUGUUGUGCCUACUUAUCUGCAUCCUGAGUUCUUCAGACCAGGAAUUCAGUUCAGGAAUCCAAAUCACAAAUGUAGCCACAUGGAGUUAAGAAUUACCUUUCUCUUAUGAAAUGUUAGAUAUGUGCAGCUUAAUUUGUUGUAUAUCAUAAAAAGAAGUACA